AUGAAUUUCACACAAUACCAUCUUUACCCAGAAGAGGAAAAUACACCUCACUUCUCAAAUAAUCUAAAAUCAUUCAAUGCCGCCUAGGAGAAUAUAGGUUUCGGCGACACAUUAAAGGCAGUCAGAGCAACGUAAAGCUCUGUGAAGCUAGUACCACAUAAGUUGGAUAGUUCUAAUGACAUUUCAUGCCCACAACUAUCGAUAUAGGAAAAUAGGAAAACUUUAUAACAUUAAAAUAGUAUCGGGCAUUCAUCACAAUCCCUUUCUCAAUCUUAGCAGAAUUUGCAUAAAUGCAUUUUAAUCGGCGAUUGCAAUGUUGGCAAGACAAGCAUCAUUCGUCGACUGACUCAAAACACUUUUAGCUUUGACAGAGUCCCUACGACAUCAGUAGAUGAAGUGUCAAAUUUCAUAAUGCAACUCAAACCGACCUAAUCUAAUAAUAAUAGAAGUUAUAAUAAUAAUUCCAGGUACAGCGAUAUUUCCUGGUCUAAAAACUAGAAGUCUUUGUCAAUGAUAUCUCUCCCUACUCUAACCUUAAAUAGAGAGCAAUCAGAAAACUCAUCCUCUGUGUUUAAUAAUAGCUCAAACUAUAUUCAGACGCAAAUCUCAUCGGAUACUGGUACAGACAGAUCAAAUAUAAUAGGUUUAGAAAUAUGGGAUACACUUGGUUAGGAAAGACAUAGCUCACUAGUCUCAAGCUACUAUAAAAACGCAUCUGGAAUAAUGAUUGUUUACGAUGUCACAAAUAUGGAGAGCUUUAUGAACAUAAGAUCUUGGUUAGUAGAAUUAGAAGAUCGUUUGCACAACCUACCGCAUGAGGAGUCAUACAUUUUGGUAGGGAAUAAAUGUGAUUUGGAAUGUUCGAGAUAAGUAACAAAGCAAAAGGGAAAAUAACUAGCUGACAAAUACGGGAUUUGCUUUAUUGAAGUUAGUGCUAUGUCAGGCAAAAACAUAAAUCACGCUUUCUAGAUACUUUCUCAGAAUAUACUAGUAAAUUCUCAACUAGAUGAGAACAUUGAAGAACGAGAAAGAAGAGAACAAAUAUCAAACAAUAGCAUUAGAAUUGGAGAAUUCAGCUUCUCUUUCAAGGUAGAUUCAGUCAUUGAAGACUCCCUUUAAUCCUCAUGCAUUGACGAAUAAAAGGCAAAUAUGAUUCGAAAAUUCUCAGAGUCAGUCAACAACAGUAAAAACAAGGCAAAUAAGAAUAAAGGCUAGUCUAAGAAAAAGAGUCGCUGCUGCUGA